AUUUCUGCAGAUAAAAUAUGAUUUAUCAUGUCAUCCAGACCCUUCAUUCCAGUGGAACUAUGAAACUCCAAAACUAUUUUCUAGACUCGCAUUCUCGGCACAGAUGGACCCUUCCUUUCAAGAAAGAAUACCUGUCUCUGGUUGGGAACGUUAUUGCUUUGAUUCCUUAACAAAAUAUCUGGGUGACGGCCUAGAGAAUCUGACACACGGGUUAACUGACAAGUUUGGACGGCCCAUUUUCUCCUUGGACAACCGUACUUGGGGGAUUGAUAUCGAGACAUGCAAUGCAUAUUGCAGCUCUGAUUCCUUACCCUGGCCGAAUUUCAACUUCAGCUCCUUCUCCUCGGCUUUCACGAAUUAUCUUCUGCCAUGGCUGGCCCUCACUGCGCAACUGCCGUACGAAACCGGAAGUCCGUGGAGUGACAUCAUGAGCCUCUGCCUUGCCGUCGGUAGUCCUGCGCUACUUGGUUUUUCAUUGACCAUCACGAUGCUCAACCGAUAUUGGGUACGCCGGGAACUCAAUUUGCUAAUUGGUAGCUUACGUCGCGAGACCCGGAAACGGUACAAACGUCAAAUUAACGCCGUGCAGUAUUUCCUUGCUGAGGCGCAACAGGUUCCUCUGCAGGUGCCAUCUGAUCAAGACAGCUUGCGAAGGCUGCUCGAGCCCCAAAUGGAAGUCUGGUGGCAGGGUCUGAAUGGGCGGCUACGGCGUUCGAGGCGCGGGGUUACCGCGUCUCUUGUGGCUCAGGCACUUUCCGCUGUGAUCGCCUACACCUUCACCGUUAUCGCAUCAUUUUUAACAUCAAUCGAUAGCCUAGACCCGGUUAUGGAGAUUACUGCAGGGACACUUUGGGUGUGGUUGAUACCCGUAAUAUGUGGAUGGGUCAUCGUCGGAACUCAGAGCACGCACGAUGCGGUGGAAGACGCCCUGCGCAUAAAGCAUUUUGAUCACUCAGCCGAGCCCCAGGGUGACUCCGAUCACCAGGAGCCCUCUUUUGACGGAGAAGAAAGCCCCAUAUCUAUUCGCAGCAAUUGGAACAGUAAUCAUUCCUGUUGGCUUGGAGUAAAUUUUGCCGGAGAUGAACUCCAAAAGGGCCCAGUGUAUAACUAUGCGCGAUUAUUCACAUGGUGGCAGACGGCCAACGCUUUCAUUCAGACAUCAAAAAGUAUUGCUUUAGAACACGAUGCGGAGACGGAAGCGAGCUGGCAAACGGAUAGGAUUUCGAAGAGAAAAGGAUCCCAAGUUCUCAACAUGGUAUCCGAAAGUGAGAUUUCCGAAAUUCGCAUUAUCCACAGUGAACGAUUCGCAACGUACCCGAGAUUUUCAAACAUCCCGCCAGACGUUUGGUGGCGGAUGGUGCUGGCCUCGAUCAUGGCUGUCACGGUACAGUGGGGCGCUACUGGCGCGUCGAUCCUCAUGGCGUAUCUCACACCACCCGGAGGUCUCGGCUGUCGGUCAGGAAGCUAUGCUCUCUAUGGUAUUUUCGGGACAAUCUCCUGGGUGGCUCUGCUUGUGUCAAUGGUGUUGUCGCAUGCUGCAAUGGCGCGACCUGCGAGUCCCUAUGGCCCCGCCUUGCUAGGAAGGAUGGCCAUUAUGUUACGCUGCGGCGGAAGAGCAGUCGCCGUCAUGAAUGCGGCAUGGUUGGUCGUCAGCACCCUGUUCGAGAAUAUUGGACUUUACGAUAGCUGUUGGUGCCACGGGGUUGUGCUGCAGCGUGGCGGGAAUGCUUGGGUGAUACUGUUCCGUACGGUGGAGGAAUUUCGGCACGAGGCAAAGAAUGCGUGGCCCGGCGGUAUCGCGUUUACUAUGAUUGUUUCAACGUUGAUGAUUGUGGUUUUUGCGCUUGGGUCGAAGGGUGAUUCGUCGUCAAGCGACGACGAGUAUGAAUAACGGAACGUUGGUUCUUAAUAUACCCCGCUGUCCAUAUUUAUUUAUUUAUUUUUUUUUGUGAUCAUUUUCGUUGUUUCAUAUCAUCCAUUUUCUAAGGAACUACAGAGUACUCCGUUAGAACCUCGGAUUAAAUCUCUUAUCUUGCCCAUG